CAUUGUUCCUAGCUUCGACUUUAUGUCAUAUUAUGGAACUUUUGUAGAAAUGUGUUUUGCAGGUUUUGUAUUUUUAAUUUUGAUCAAUUUUAUGUUCUCGUAUUAUGUCAUCUGCAGCGUGAGUAAUAGUAGUGACAUUUUUUUUGAUUACUGCUCCCAUCCGGACUGCUCUUUAAAAAAUCAACAUACAAUGUGCGUGGCUAAAAACAAGCAUAGUCCACGAUUGUUUGCUUCAGGCAUGACUACAUGGAUGAGAUAUCAAAUACUUCAGUUACAUAAUCGCCAUAGAGACAAUAUUGCAAUGGGUCUCGAAGCGGGCCAGCCUCCAGCUGCUAAUAUGCGUAAGAUGUAUUGGGAUUAUGAACUCGAAGAAAUAGCAGAGAUAUGGGCUCGGCAAUGUCAAAAAAGGCAUGACGAAUGCAGAAACACAAUACGGUUUAAUGUUAUACAAAACAUGGACGUGCGUCCUGUAGUGCCGCGUGUAACAGAGGCUCAAAUUUUAGCUGAUACAGUUGGUGCUUGGUUCUCGGGAUCCAGGACAUUGCCACCAGAAUAUGUCCGGUCUUUCAAACCCACCAAUUGUAGCGCCCCAGGUGGAUGCAACGCCCAUUGGUAUUCAGCUGCCGCAUGGGCUUCAACUUGGCGAAUAGGUUGCUCUCAGGCUUUAUGUACUGUGAGACAGAGUUCUUGCAUCUUAUUCCGAAAGAGACGAACUCUAUCAGCGCUAGCUGAUAAUUCUUCAGAUACAGUAACGCGGACAACUACUUUAAAGGAUAAUUUAUUGCGACGAACUAAGUAUAUGACAACAGCCAGAUCGUCGCGCCUUGAAGACUUUGGAACUACAGUGAAGAAGGGUGAUAGUGAAUCUGCAUUAUAUCGGGGAGUUCUGGAUUUGGUGGACAAACAGAAAAAAAUCAAUGAUCCAAAUAUAAUGGCCUACAUAUUUUGCAACUACGGGCCUGCAGGUAAUAUUGAUGGAUUUCCCAUAUACGAACCCGGCAUCACUUGCAGCAACUGCCCUUACGGCACCGUAUGCGGAGCUGGAACUCAUAGAGCUUUAUGUUCACUAGUAGGAGACCCCGAUAAUAAAGAGUAA